AUGAGGGAAGAGAACAAGCCUCUGCUUGGCAAAGAAAGGUCGAGGCAGGCGGGCUCUUACGCCUCACCCAACUCAGCAUCAUUUGAUACAAAAAGCUCGAAGCGAAGCUUUGGAGCAAUAGAUGUGCACAUUCAGUCCCCUCCGUUAAUAUCUAACACUGUUGACGAUCAUAACCAGCUGACGCUAUGGCACCGCCUAACAUACUAUCUUCCGUGCUUUUCAUGGCUCCCCACAUAUGACACCUCAAAACUUCUAAGAGAUUUUAUAGCCGGAGCUUCCUUAGCGUCUUUCCAAAUUCCGCUUGCAAUGUCUUAUUCGACGUCCGUUGCACACGUUCCCCCGAUAUGUGGCCUUAAUGCUUUGGCUUUCACUCCAUUCGUUUAUGCUGUUUUCGGCUCUGUCCCGCACAUGAUAGUCGGGCCUGAAAGUGCUAUUUCACUGGUUGUUGGGCAGGCUAUCGAAAAGCAAAUGAAACAUGAUAAAUCAUUGGACGUGGUCAACCUUUGCCUUAUCCUUACCUUCAUAAGCGGCGCUAUUCUAUUUUGUUUCGGCAUAAUGAGGUUUGGAUAUCUGGAUAGUGUGCUGAGCAGGGCGCUUCUCAGAGGAUUUAUCAGUGCAGUGGGCCUAGUCAUGGUGCUCAACUCUCUCAUUACGGAGCUGAAGCUUAAAAAGGUCUUCAACGAUGCGCCCGGUCAUUACCAUGCGCCUUUUCAAAAGCUUAUAUUCUUAUUUCACUAUGCACCUGGUAAUUAUCAUGUGCCAACUGCGCUGCUGAGUUUGAGUAGUUUUAGCAUACUGAUGAGCCUUAGACUGGUCAAAAAAAGACUUUCAAGGGUUUAUAAGAAAGUUAUCUUUGUCCCUGAAAUCCUUAUCGUUGUGGCCUUGGUAACUCUGGGUUCAUAUCAUUUCAGCUUCAAAUUGCGCUACAACAUCGACAUUGUGGGAGACAUUGAAGUUGGUGAUACUUCCAAGUUCAGAAAUCCCUUAAGCAAAAAAAACCUGUCACUUUUUAGCGAGUUGUUUCACGCAGGGUUUAUGGUUGCACUCCUCGGGUUUUUCGAGUCGACGACAGCUUCGAAGUCAUUGGGUUCUAGCUAUGAGCUCUCAGUGUCAUCUAAUAGGGAGCUAGUUGCCCUAGGCAGUCUGAAUCUUGUUGGUUCAAUUUUUGGUGCUUUGCCCUCUUUUGGAGGUUAUGGAAGGUCGAAAAUUAAUGCAUAUUCAGGUGCGGCUACAGUUAUGUCAGGAGUGUUCAUGGGUCUCAUAACUUGUGUCACGUCAAUGUUUCUGCUUAACGCCAUUCACCACAUCCCAGUCUGCGUGCUUUCUGUGAUAACAACGAUGGUGGGCAUUACGCUAUUUGAAGAAGCGCCCGCAGACCUUAGGUAUCAUUUCAGAUGCCGCGGCUACAACGAGCUUCUGAUUUUCGCACUGACAGUCUUGACUACUUUUUUCUAUUCUGUGGAGGCAGGCAUUACUCUUGGAUGUGGCUAUUCUGUUAUAAGAGUUAUAAAAAACUCUACCAAGUCGAAAAUACAGAUUUUAAGAAGAGUUUCUGGAACAGACCAAUUUGUCAAUGCCGAUGAUUUCAAUAGUUCCACGAACACAUGUGUCGUAAUUCCUCCGCGUCUUGAUGACAUUGAAGGAAGCCUCAUUGUUAAAAUCCCAGAGCGGUUGACAUUUAUGAACACCGAAGACCUUAAAACUCGGCUUUACCGUCUUGAGAAGUACGGAUCCGUUAAAACGCACCCGGCAAGCCCGAAGCCGAGGAACAGAAACCAAACAAAGCAUAUGAUUUUUGACAUGAAUGGGAUGACAGAGAUUGACUCCUCUGCUUCACAAAUCCUACAGGAAAUUGUUUUAAGUCUAAGAAAGAGGGGCGUUCGUGUUUACCUAGCAAGAGUUCCAUUGAUAGCCGGUGUUCGUGAGAGACUUGUGGCCUCAGGAGUCGUUGAGAUGGUUGAGAAGUGUGACGCAUCUGUGACGGCCGUCGAUAGCGCGUUUGAUGACUGGUGUUUUAAGAAUAUUCAAGACGCCUUGCGAGUAUCAGAUGAAAUGGAUGUCAAUUCUGUUGUCGAAGUUGCCAGCGAAUGCACAUCGAUAUCAGGUACUUUCUUGCAUUCUUCAGCGGUUUGA